AUAGCCCAGGAUAUAUACGAGCUCAAAAUAAAAAUGCCGAAUGAAAAGGUCGACUUAAUUCUUAGGGGUUUCAAGCUAAAUUGGAUGAACUUAAGGGAUGCGGAGAGCGGGAAAAUUCUAUGGCAAAGUACUGAUGAUUUUUCAGUUCCAGGAAAAGAGCAUCAAGCUAUGGUACCCAAGAAAAUUCUGCGUUGCAAAGCAGUUUCCAGGGAAAUAAAUUUUUCGUCAUCAGAAGCUCUACAAAAGUUUUGGCUGGAGCAAAAGGUGUUCUUCAAAGACCAACCAGUGGAGGAUAACACGUUUAUUUGCCCAAGUAGCACGAGUGCCCCUUUGAGCGUACCAAAUGUAUACUCCUGA